GUAACGACUUAUACUACUUUAAUUCAUGGUCAUUGCCUACAUGGUUGAAGCUAUCCACCUAUUCAAGAAAAUGAAACAAAAUGGAUUGAAACCCACAACAGUUACUUACACUAUUCUAUUAAGGGGACUAUACAGAGAUGGAAGAAUGAAGACUGCACAGAGGUUUCUUAAUGAGAUGCAAACUUUUGGUGCAUCUCCAGAUGAAGUGACAUACACUACCAUCUUGGAUGGUCUCUGCAAGAAUGGAAAAAUUGAGGAGGCAGUGGAAUUGUUUGAAUUCGUGGAGGGUGCAGGAGUCUCAGUUAAUAAUUACAGGUAUAGCAUUCUUAUUCAUGGUUUGUGUCAGGUUGGCCCAUUGGAAGAUGCGAGAAAGUUGUUCAAUGAGAUUCCAAACAAAGGAUUUGUUCCUGAUGUAGUAACAUAUACCACAAUGAUCAACGGCCUCUGUCGUAACCAGAUGUUAUUGGAGGCUGAAAAACUAAUCAUGGAAAUGGAAGACAAGGGUUGUUUACCAAAUGUUCGAACAUAUAAUAGUAUCAUUCAGGCUUUUCUUAUAGCAAAGGAGACCAACAAGGCAUUGCAUUUUCUUCGCAAGAUGCGUGAAAAAGAAUUUGUACCGAAUGAUUCUGUUACUUCCUUUUUGAUGUACACUCUCUCAGCAGAUGAGCUAAAAGAAAUUGUAGUUUCUUUGUGACGUAACAGCGAUAAUGUGAAUCUUCAUUAUGAGAAAAUCAAUGCAUAAAGCUUUUGUCCUUGGUA